UUCAGACCGUUGAGAAACCAAAUUCCCUUUUUCUUUUCAAACCCCACAAAAAAAUAAACACACUAAUUAUCUCUUCUUCUUCACCUCAUUCAAACAAAAACUCAAACCUUCCUCACCCUUCAACAAUGGCCGACAAAUUCCACCACCUCCCCUUCCACUCCAUCGACUCCAGAUCCCUCCUCCUCCACCAGAACUCCGCCGCCACCGACCACCCCAUUUCUCUCCACCUCACACCUGAGCCUUUCUCCAUGGAAAGAGGCCCAAGGUACAAAGCCUACGCAGAGCUCAGAGAAUCCAAGCUCCGCUUCAGAAACGCCAUGUAUCGCCACGAUGAACACCCAGAGAAGUCCACCCCCCCGCCCAAGAAGCAAAUUAAAUUUCUGGGUUCGGAGACUGUAAGGAAAAGGUCCGCUACGGUGGCGCAAUCGGUGCCGGAUUUCUCUGCAGUGCUAAGAAAGGAGAAUAGAAAGCCGCCGCCGGGAAUGUUGUCGCCAGUGAUGGAGAUGACGCCCCCAGGGAAGACGUGGGGGAAGAAUAUGGGGGGAUUGUCGACGAAUUCGAGGGGGAGUAAGUCGGCGAGCGCGGGGGAGAAAAGGGGCGGCGGAUUGACGACAGUGAGGAAAAGCUACGCUGGAUUUGAGGAGCUGAAGGGGUUUUCUACCGCGACGGCCAAAGCUAUUAAUGGUGAAAAUAGGAAAGGGGGAAGGAAAGGAAAAACUGUAUUGGGGAGUAGACAAGUUUAAAUGAAAAUUAGAAACAAAUGAUUGUAUUUUUCGGAGGAAAGAAGAUUGCUAAGACAAAUGUUUUUGAAUUUUUGUUGGUUUUUGUGUUAGUUUUUAUUUUUUUUUUUAUUUUUUUUUUUUUUUAUUUUUUGGGAUACUUUUGAUUCUUUUAUUAUAUAGUGGAUAAUUUGGGUUUGUGGAAUAAUGAAGUGAGAAGUAAAAAAAUUGUCGUAA